AUGACAUCCCCCACUACUGCCUAUCAUAUUCACAAGCAACGAUACAACGACCACGUUACAGAUGCAGACCAGGCGUCAGAGCAACAUCAACUUGAUGAAGAUACUCACCUCCUAUCGCCAGAAGAAUUAUUUCAACAAGGAGAUAAUAAUAAGACCGAAACUGCUCUUCGUACUGCUGCGCUUGUAGAGCCAUACACAGUACAUUUAUUUCGAUUUAUUCAAAACAGUACACCAAUAAUCAUCGCAAACCUGCUACAGCAACCCGCUCGAUGGAUUAUCAUAUACGCUGCUGGCCAUCUGGGAUCCACGGCAUUAGCAGCUAUAUCGCUUGCACAGACGAUUGAGAAUGCUACUAUCUAUAUCUCAAUCUAUGCAUUAGAGUCUGCUAUCAGCACAUUAUGUGCACAAUCUUGGACAGCUGCAAAAGACAAAUCAACGACCGGCAUACAUCUUCAACGGGGUCUAGUCAUUUUUGCUGUCAUGUGUAUUCCACUGGCCAUAGCGUGGUACACUGCGUCCAAUUUUCUAGGAUAUGUACAAAAAGAUAUAGAGAUUGUACAUCAGGCACAGCUCUAUUUAUAUUAUCAGUUUCCUGGGUUCAUCGCGCUAGGCGUAUAUACGUUUCUACAAGUGUUUCUGGAGGCACAAGGUGUCAUGAGCGCACUGACAUACGCCAUGAUCAUAUCAUUGCCUUUCAAUGUCCUAUUCAACUACAUGCUGGUAUACGGCGGACCAUUUACGUUUGGUAUUAGUGGCGUUUCUGCCGCGUUAACAUUGACCUCGAUGCUGAUUCUGGGAUCCUUGGUAAUAUACAGCGCCUACAACCGUGGCUACGAGGGGUGGCCGAGUACAUGCUGCUUGUCGCGACAAGCCGUAUUUAAGGACUGGGACCCGCUCAUGCGGCUUUACCUACCGAGCUGUUUUGUGCAGUGCUGCAACGCAUGUGUCCAAGAAAUCACAAUCCUCGUGACAUCGUAUCUCGGAAAGACCGAACUGGCAGCACAAGCCAUCCUACUCCGUACACACUUGACUAUGUUUGCCUUUGGCUAUGCGAUCCAAAUCGUCACUGCAAACAGAGUCGGUAAUGCCAUUGGCAGCGGAACCUUGGUGAAUACACGGCGUGUCAUCGCAGCAGGCGGCACAGUCGCCAUGACGAUUGCACUUUCGAUCCCCUUUGCCCUGGUGACACUGCGUGGAUCGUAUCCGUACCUAUUCACAGGUGAUCGACUGGUAGCUCAGGCAGUCGCCGAUGUGAUACCCAUUUUUGCAAUUACUCAGGUGACCAACAUGUUCAGUGCGCUCGGAACAGGCACACUUGCGGGCUUAGGGUAUCAACGAAUUACAGCAACAAGCAUGUUUGUUACCUACUUUGUUUUUGUUGGUCCGUUGGGAUAUCUUGCUAUCACGUCUGGAUGGAUCGAGUGCUCGCUUGCAAUGCUUUGGACAGGAACGGCUGUUGGACAUAUUAUGGUGACAGUAGCGCAAUUGGGUUAUAUCGGCAUGCUGGAUUGGUCGGCGGAAUCUCGGAAAGUGCACAAGCGUAUUCAGUUAAAUAAUGAUAAUGAUAAUGAUGAACAGGCGACGGCACGAUCUCAGACUUCAUCACCGGCAUCAUCGUUACAUGAUGUUGCAAGACCCGGGUAUUAUGGCGGUACCGCAACGGGUUCCGUGUAA